CUCGGCAGAUCCUCUGCUCAUGCGGGCGGGGAAGAAAAGGGUGGCCGCCGGGGCCGGAGGUCUUUCGGUGCAAACGCCGAAGGCGCGCAGGGGAUCACCUACGGACGGAGAAAACUUCAUCACAAGCGUAACCAGAUUCGGAGCUGAAAUGGACCAAGCAUGUGAUGAGCCAGUGAGAGACACACAGACACAUCGGACAGAAGACAUUCCCAAUGCCACUAAGUGCACAGUUAUCGGAGGUUCUGGAUUCCUGGGGCAGCACAUGGUGGAGCAGUUGCUGGCAAGGGGCUACACUGUCAAUGUAUUUGAUAUGCGGCAGGGGUUCGACAAUCCCCGGGUGCAGUUCUUCCUAGGAGACCUCUGCAGCCAACAGGAUCUGUACCCAGCUCUGAAAGGUGUAAGCACAGUUUUCCACUGUGCAUCACCCCCACCAUCCAGUAACAACAAGGAACUCUUUUAUAGAGUGAAUUACAUUGGCACCAAGAAUGUCAUUGAAACUUGCAAAGCGGCUGGGGUUCAGAAACUCAUUUUAACCAGCAGUGCCAGUGUCAUUUUUGAGGGUGUCAACAUCAAGAAUGGAACUGAAGACCUCCCUUACGCUGUGAGACCGAUUGACUAUUACACGGAGACAAAAAUCUUACAGGAGAGAGAAGUCCUGGGUGCCAAUGAUCCCAAGGGGAAUUUCUUAACCGUGGCCAUUCGCCCUCAUGGCAUUUUUGGCCCAAGGGACCCCCAGUUGGUGCCCAUUCUCAUCGAGGCAGCCAGGAGGGGCAAGAUGAAGUUCAUGAUUGGAAACGGAGAGAACUUGGUGGACUUCACCUUUGUGGAGAACGUGGUACAUGGACACAUCCUGGCUGCAGAGCACCUCUCCCGAGAUGCAGCUGGGAGUGGGAAGGCAUUUCACAUCACCAAUGACGAACCCAUCCCUUUCUGGACAUUCUUGUCCCGCAUCCUGACAGGCCUCAACUACGAGGCCCCCAAGUACCACAUCCCCUAUUGGGUGGCCUACUACCUGGCCCUCUUGCUGGCCCUCCUGGUGAUGGUGAUGCGUCCCGUCAUCCAGCUCCAGCCCACUUUCACACCGAUGCGUGUCGCACUGGCUGGCACGUUCCACUAUUACAGCUGUGAGAGAGCCAAAAGGCUCAUGGGCUACCGGCCACUGGUCAGCAUGGAUGACGCCAUAGAAAGGACCGUGCAGAGUUUUCGUUACCUGCGGAAGGUCGACUGAUGCAGCCCGGAGACUGGACCCACUUCAGUGCAUUCCCCAGCCACCAGCUCCUCUGUGGACCCACAAACUAACAUCCUUCAAGGGUGGAGGAAACAGCUGGCAUUUCUCCCGUUGUCAGAUUGGACUGGAAUUUCUUAAAGCAGGCAGCUUCGAAUUCUGCUUUUUGGUGUUCUCUCCCUGUCCCCCCCAACCCGCCAGGUUACUUAGCAUUCCAGCGUCCUACAUAAUCGAAGCUGUAGGGGAAAAACAAUCCAUUUGCUAAUCGAUGUUGGGAAACUAGAUUUACUUCUGUGCAACGCAGUACUAGAGUAGAAGCCACAGAAGAAAGGCAGGAGUUUCAAACACAUGGUGAAACUUCAGAGAGAUGCAGAAUGUAAAGCAAACACUUUUUAAAAGCUUAAAUAAUUGUCACCCCUCACCCCAUCAGCCCCUAGUGGGAACU